AUGAUACGUCACUUCUUCCAGCUGUUUUGGGUACGCCAUUGACGAUUGUUCGAAUUGUAGUAAAAUUGUUUAGUCUGCUAGGAGAAUCGGUUGACAUCGUCCUGAAAGUAUAAUAAAAAGUUUUGUUUCAAGAUGACAACUGGAAUGCCGGAGUUAGGCUCCAAAAUAAGUUUAAUAUCGAAGGCAGAUAUCCGGUAUGAGGGACGUUUAUUUACAGUUGAUCCUCAAGAAUGCACAAUAGCUUUGGCAUCCGUGCGUUCCUUCGGGACAGAAGACAGAGAGACCCAAUAUCCCGUACCGGCCCAAAAUCAAGUCUACGACUACAUCUUAUUCAGGGGCUCCGACAUCAAGGACAUAAGGGUGGUGAACAGUGUCACCCACCCGCACCCGCAGCCGCUCAACGAUCCGGCCAUCAUGCAGCUGUCCGCCCCGCCGACCCUGGGCGGGCAGCCUUUCCAGACUCAUCCCAUAUUGGGCCCGAUGGGGCCUCAGAUCGGCCAGUUCGCCAGCGCCUACGGCAAUAUAGGACUGUUGGGAGGUAUGAACGCCGGAAUGGGUCCCGGUCUUGGUAUCCAGCGGGACGCCAGAGGUCUCGGCGGCGGUAAGCCAAGUGAGUUGAUAAUACCGGGGCCAGAACCAACAUCCUCUGUCCUUUCUCCCACUGUUGAGCCACCUCGGCCUACAAACGACCAUGCGUCUGUUUUAGAUUUAAUCGGAGGAUCGAGGAGCACGACGCCGGCCAGCUUGGGCUCCAGGAAAUCUCCUACUGCCGAUCAGGGAGUACAGGCGGGAGGCAGUAAACGGGAUGACAAGAAGGUGGUUAAACCAAUUCAGCCGCCGGGGCAACGCAACCAGCAGAGGAGGGUCUCCAGGGAAAGGAGAGAUUCUAGGGAUGGCGUCCAGAACCAGAACAGGUCCGGGCCGAACCGCAACCAGAACAAUCAGGCGAGCUACCAGGGACAGGGGUACCAGGGUUACCAGGGCAAUCAAAACAGCCAGGGCAAUCAGAGGGGCGGCAAUUGGAGCAACAACAGGGGACCCGCGAGGCCCAGGGGUAGGUCCCGGGGUGGCGGCGGCGGAGGCGGCUACAGGUCCAACCAGAAUCAACAGAAUCAGGGCAGCGGAAAGCCUAAGAACACGCUGAAGUUCGAAAACGACUAUGACUUUGAGCAGGCCAACACCGAAUUCGAGGAGUUGAGGAGUCAGCUGGGCAAGGUGAAACUGGACGAGGCGGGAAGUUCGAGCACGAAGAGCGAGAUCAACGGCGACGUGGACAAGAAGGACGAUUCUGGCAACGAGACGGGCGCGGGCGAAACGGAACAGGAGGAGGAACACGAGGUGUAUUACGACAAGAGCAAGUCGUUCUUCGAUAAGAUCUCCUGCGAGGCUGUGGAGCGUGCCAAGGGCAAGUCCCAACGAACUGACUGGCGUGUCGAGCGUAAGCUUAACUCUGAGACGUUUGGCGUGGCGGCUACAAGGAGGGGAAAUUACCGAGGAAGAGGAGGUUUCAGAGGUAUGAACUACCGCGGGGGAUACCGCGGCAAUUACAGGCCACCCCAGCGCCGAGACCAGCAGCAGCAGCAAGGUAAUCGUUCGGACCAAAAUCAGAGGCAGCAGACCACUCAAAAUUCCUCGAGUAAUACUUCGAAUCAGGCCUCGAUCCCUGCGCAAAGUAACGCAAGUAGUAGUUCAAAACCAGCAUCACAAUCUACACAGUCUAACGCUAAAAAGGAGAAAAAUCCCGAGCCUGUAAUGGCAGUGAAAUAGAGAUCUGACUAAGGAACGAAGCAGCUGACACAGGAAGAUGGACAUAAUUUAUCUGAAAACGGCUAAUCUGGUUUGUGGAUGUGAUUGAUGGAUGGAUUGAAUGAACUGUGAUGGAGUUUCGCAACUUUGUACAACACUAAAAUUCAUUAAUUUGUGGUAAUUAUUUCGUUAAAAGAAAAACGGUGUUUAAUUUAUUUCCUGGUGUCAGUAUUAUUGUAGGUGUAAUGUAAGGAAUACCCUAAGUGAUACAUAUUUUAUUUUAUAUAUAUAAUUAUAUCGAAAGAGGCAGGAUUUAUUGUGUAUAUUUUUACUGCCGCUAGGAGUUCAGAUUCCUUUUUUUUUUUUAUAUACAGUAGCUUUACGGUCAGUUAGAACAUCGUUUUGAUUUAUUAUGCGAAGGCAUUUUUAUUUGUGAGGGAAAUGAAUUAUUCCGUUCUAACUGAACACUUUUGCCAAUUGGUUGUAAUUUAUUACUGAUUAAUUACUUACUGUUAAUUCAAUAGACUUUGUAAUAUUAAGAAUUUUGAAAUAAAUCGGUCUUGAAAAUGA